UCUAUAUCUAUGGGCCCAAGGGGAGCUCACCCAUUAGCCUGAUUUCCAGGAGAACCAGCACUCAGUUCCACAGGAGCCACAACUCAGACUGGGAAACAUGGGUCUGAGCCUGUGCAAGUCCCGACUUUCUCUCCUGCUGCUGCUGGGACUUGUUCUAAUGCUAGCCUCAUGCCAGCAGCCAACCCCUUCCCAGUGGUUUGCCAUCCAGCAUAUCUAUAACAGCGCCUACCCCCGAUGUAAUGCUGCAAUGCGGGUCAUUAACAGUUAUAAAAGAAAAUGUAAGAACCUUAAUACUUUUCUUCAUACAACUUUUGCUAAUGUUGUUGGUGUGUGUGGCAAUCCAAAUACCAACUGCAGUGACAGGAUAAGAACAAAUUGUCAUGAUAGUUCAUAUCGGGUGUCUAUAACUGUCUGUGACCUCCAAAGAAAUGCAACUGUUUAUCCAAACUGCUCAUACCAAAUGACAAGAUCAGUGAAGUUCUACACAGUGGCUUGUGACAGGAGAACUCCACGGGACAGUCCCAUCUAUCCAGUGGUUCCCGUUCACUUGGAUAAGACAUUUUAGCUCCAGUGUCAGCACUUUGUGCCUUCACUCAUCUGCUAAAGACAAGAUCAUCGUGGUGAAGGACCAGUUCCUCUGCGCUGCAAAUCAGCACCUGUCCUCAUGAAGCCUGUCCCCGUCUUUCUUCAACUCAGCUGAACAGAUCUUCUCUAACCAAUAAACACCUUUGCAUACUCAUCAA